CGCAGCGCUUGCCUCCGGCCACCACAACAACCGUCCGGUAUGAUCAUUGGUUCCUCCCAGAUACCCCCAGUGAUGCCUCCACGAAUGUCCCCUAGACUGUCUAGCGACUCUGCAUCUACAACAAGCUCUUUUACGGAGUCAACUGAGCUUCCCGAUUAUGCAUCGAUGGAAGGAGCGAGCUACCCCCCACACUACCCAUCCUACCCACGCCCCUCCGUCCCCGUCAUCUACUCCUUCUCCGAAUGGGAGCCCUCAACAAAUACCAUGUACCUCAACCCGCCCGGGUCCGAGGACCCCUUCGCCUCCGACGCCCCGGCACCACUCUACAAGAUCACCGUCUCCAUUAACCUCGACCCCAUGCUGCCCAUUUCGUACGUGACACGCCUGCACCGGUACGGCGCGCCCGGGCCUCCCAUAGGCUCGUUCGAGGUCUCUCUGGCGCAGAAGAGAAGGAUAGUGACGUUCGGGGACGUGUCCGCGCGGUUGGAUAAUGCACUGGAGAGUGUGGGGGCGCAACGAUGGCAAUGGACGAUAAGAGGAGUCAGGCUACGAUGGGACUGCCGGACCAGAUUAGACGAUGGGUCGCCCAUGUGUUAUUGCCACGUUUCUCAUCCACCGAAUCACGACGUGCAGCUGGCCUCCUUCGUCCCACCGCCUUCCCUUGAGUCUCCACCACUGCCACUGGCAACGCUCACGGUGUUCCCGGACGGUCACCAGUAUUUGGAUCAUAUAGUUUUGUCCGCGCUAGUGGUGGUGAGGCAGAUGACGGCAGGAUUGUAAGCGUCUAGCAGUCGCAGAGAGUCCCUCUGUCGUGGUAUAUCUGACCGUGUACAAUGACUGAGCACUGUAUUAUGCGCAUAGUUGAUGUACAGCCCGCCUCGAUAUAGUGGUUGAUUAGGGCGCUA